AUGGAGUUUGGAAGUGAGUUCCGCCCAGGGAAAAAAGUGCACAGUAAUCCGGAAAUUGUGGAAGAUCAUAACGGAGCUCCCCGCCUAGAGAUGCCACGUGACCAUCCACGUGUGGUUCAGCAUUCUCGUAUCAGUUACAAUCGUGGAGAGCAAAUGGGGAUGUGAGCUUGAUUCUUUCCAAUUCCCCUCCAGACAAUCCUAGCACUGAUGAUAUCAUAGCCAUAAUUGACUAUGUGGGUGGAUAUGCUUGCAAAGAUAGCGAACCCACUGGUGCAACUGCUGAUCUCUUUAAGGACAUGGUGAAUGCUGUUGAUGCAGCUGAUGCAGACCAAGUGACAGGUAAGUCAAUGUGUGCUAAGAUGCUUAUAAAGACCGUGGGAAGACGACAUAUCAGUGGACUCGAGGCAUCUUUUGAGCGGAGUGGCCUAGCACUUUGGCGAUGUAGCCGUCCAUUGACCUAUUUGUCAAUGUCGGGGUCAAGGAGACUUGAACGUGAUGGUGAAACUGCAACUCGUACCACCCCACUGGAUAAGUACCUUGCACGACCACCAAAUGAGCACUGUUGUUGGUACCACUUUGCAUCGAGGAACGGUAUUGUCACUAUUGUAAGCGGUGGUUCUACACACGCAACGUGGCAACUGAAUGAGGACUACUGUAGGACUAUGCUUCUGCUACACUGGCCAAGCUUGUUUGACAUUCAAGAAGUGAAGGGGGAUGCUGAAUCUUGGAUUGAUCGCUUUAAGGACUUUAUUGCAAGUGAUGACUGUCCAACAUUUGUAAAGGCCCAAGUUGCUAAGGCACAGCGUUAUGCAGACCACCCACAAGAACCAGUAUUUGAAGAGGAUGAAGAAGAUGAUGCUGUCGAAGCAGAAGAACAACCUGACUGGGUGGAUGUAUAUGCAGGGCGGAACCAAAUAUAUGAGGGUGUAGAGAGGGACUUUGAUUAUGAUGGUGGGGAGGAC